AGUGUCUUUGAUGCUGAAACUUGUACUACAGCCAGAGGUCUUCACGCAUUCAUGCUUGAAUUCAAUACCGUAUUCUUGCUCAAACUUUUUGCUAAUAUUUUUGCACAUACAGAUGUUCUGUAUCAAAUUUUGCAAACAAAAGAAUUGGACGUAGUAGAAUGUUUACGUAACGUCAAGGCUUGCCUCGCUUCUAUCGGAGAGCUCAAAGCAGAGCAUCAUUUCUACAGAACGCUUAAUGAUGCAAUUGAUGUUUCUGGCGAAACGGUCACUGAUAGCAACGGUAUCAAUUAUCGUCCCAUAAAUAUAUUGUAUUUAAUUUCGUUUAUCCUUGGACAAAACCUGCAUCAAACUUUCUCCGAAACGCUUCGGCUGGCCAGAAUGAUACUGACAUUGCCUAUCACAACGGCGUCCAUCGAACGAACGUUUUCGGUUCUCCGACGGAUCAAAAAUUAUUUGCGCUCUAAAUCGGGCCAGAAUCGAUUAUUUGGUAUUAUGAUGAUGGCUGUGGAGAAAGAUUUACUCCAUGAGAUGAUGCUGACGCCAUUAUUUUACGACGAUAUUAUCGACAAGUUUGCGUUAAAAGUAAACCGAAGGAUUCCUUUGUUAUAUAAAUAAAUGUUGAUAAAUAGAACUUUAAAAAUCUGUUAUCGCAAUACUGUUGUUUUAAUGUUGCAAAUGUCGAUUGAACAGGUGGCCCACUUGGUCACGCGUCGCCUCUGCCGGAGACAACGGAGAUUGCGGGUUCGGGUCCCGUCUGGACGAGGGAAAAUUUUUUCUAAUUCUAGUCACACCUUCUAUUCCCGUUCAUCUUCGCAUUCCCGCGAAACUACAUACAUUGCCCGCUUUACUAAACGUAAAAUCCUAAUCGAAGCAAAACGAACACCUCGUAACACCAGUUGCGAUGUUUGGCAAGCGUGAGCGAUAGCAUUGUGCAAAAUGUGAAUCUGCAAAAUAUGUAGGAUACGGUUACAUUUUUAAAAAUACGUUACACCUACGAAGGCAGCAUUCUAUAUGACAAUUGAGCAAGAAUUUUUUUUCGUGAAUCGGACUCAGUGCAAACAAACAGUGCCAACACAAGAUUAAGGAUAGUCAGGAAUCAACAUGAAGUACAAAUUUUGCUACCGAAGCAACCAUUUGGUUGUGUUUAUUGGUUGCGUUUUAGCAACCAUAGUUAGGGCGGAUAUGACCUCCGAAAACAUCCCGACAGCCCUCACGGUGAAGGAGCAAGCCUGUUGCCUAGACACAGAUGUACUAUCUACAGCUCAUCAUGGUUGUUUCAAUCAAACGGCAGACGUUUCCUAUAAGGUGGUGCUCAACUGCACGCAGCACUACCUGAUAUAUCAGGAAUUGGAAGUAGAGGUGCAUGUAAACCCUAAAGGUGCACUAGUCGACGGAAACUACGAAGUUGAAUGGUCAGACUACUGCACGGCCACUCUGCUGGAUGGAGACGAGAAACAACCGGUGUUUAUGGUGUGUUUCAAUAAUGAUGGCUACGCUUCGAGCAUAUCGUUCUACUUUAGUAAAGGGAUUAUGAUGCUAAUAUCGGUAUUCUUCCUUGCUUCAACGCUCUACAUCUACUACCUGAUUCCGGAUCUGCGGGAGACCCAGGAUAAGGUUACAUCGAUUGCAGUCACCUGUCUGAUGAUGUUCAUGCUGCUAUUGAGUGUGGUUCAGCUGCGAACAUCCAUUACCUACAGCUCUCUAUGCACGGUGAUAGCGUUCCUGAUGUAUUUCUUUCUGAUCAGCUAUUUUGCCUGGCUCAACACCGUGAUGGCUAACGUGUGGAAGUUGACAGUAGCACGACAGUGGAAAAUUAAAGAGCGUGCUUGGUAUAUCCUCAACCACAUUUAUGCUAAUACGGUAGCGCUCACGUUGACAGGAAUGGUGUAUGUUUACCAUAUGAGAAAUGCUACCUUUGGAGAAAUAUCCUGCUGGUUCAGAACCGAACGAGAGCAAUCGUACUUCGUCUAUCUACCGUUAAGUGUGAUGUUGAGCAUUAAUAUUUUCCUAUUCGUAUGGACUAGUUACCAUCUGCAUUCCAGCGGAGACGAUAUUAGUCCCGAUCGGAAAAAGGCACUACGAUACAAAUGCAUGCUUUAUUUGAAACUGUUCUUACUAGCCGGCCUAAUCUGGAUAUUCGAAAUUAUCUCGUUUCACGUGGGGGAUGGCCAUCUAGGCCGCUCCUGGUUCUGGAUCUUCAUCGAUUCGAUAAACUGCCUGCACGGGGUGUUGAUCUUUUUCGUUUUGAUCGUCUGGCGGCAGCGUAUUAAGAGGGAACUUUCCGGCCGGCGGAUAUUAUGUUUCCGGGGCCCGGCAAGCUGGUCCCAGUUGAAAGACGACGAACAGGAACAGUUAGCAGACGAAGAUCGAGAAUACGGGAAGUAUGACUUAAUAAUCAAGUAAACAGGAAACUAACUGACAAUAUGCAGAUCGAGAUCACAUUUUUUUCGGAUGCAACGCGAUAAGAAUUCAUCAGAACAAAUGAUUAACAUUGGCGCAGUGACUUAUUUAGCAAUAGCUUUACAUCAACAUGGAGUGAAUUGUUACGCAUUCACAUAGAAAACAUCAGCAGGUGUUUUAAGGCUUGAAAUUUGAAUUUUAAAAAACGUUACAGUUAAGAAAUCGUUGAAGAAUUUGUUAUUUUUCAAGACAGUACAGAUAUAGUUAUGCGGUGUUCAA